CCUUGUUUCCUUCCUUGUUCUUGGCUUCGUUCCUUCGUUAAGAAUUGACUCGAUGGGUGGGGGGUUCCUUUGGCUGUUGUUCUCUCUAGUACAUGGUGGACGAAGCCCAAUCCAACAUUGAAAAAAAAACGAUACUAGAGCACACACACACAGUUUAGGGUUGGAUGGUUGGUUGGAUGGAUGGAUGGAUGGAUGGGUGGGUGAUUGUGGAGCUGGAAGCUUGACUGGCUCUGUGAUGAUCUCGGGAUCAUGGCCGUCUUUUUUGGCAAGUUUUGAGUGAAGGAGUCAAGGAGUGCGUGCCUGCCAAGAUGCCGUUGAUAUCCGCCUCCAUGGAUAACAUCAAUCCGGGCACCAAAAUAGGCGAAUACAUCUGUCAAACCCAAUUGGGGAGUGGCAGUUUCGGCGUGGUGCAUGUGUGGCGACACCACAAGUCCGGCCAAGUGUUGGCCUUGAAGAAAUGCCGCUUUGGCACGGAUAUCUCGCUUUCCGACCAGCAUCGUGAGCAAUGGCGGCAAGAGGUGGAUAUUCUCCAGCGAUUGGAGCAUCCCAACGUAGUCAAGAGUAUGCCCGUACCCAAGGAUCUGUGGUGUCUUGAGGAUGAGUUGCCGCUCAUGUGUAUGGAGUUUUGCUCGGGCGGGGAUCUCCGAAAAGUGCUCAAUAUGCCCACCAAUUGCUGUGGACUACCUCAAGCCGAGAUCAUGGCUAUUAUCAGUGACUUGGCCUCGGCAUUAGGUUUCCUGCACAAUCGGCGUAUCAUCCACCGAGAUCUCAAACCCGAGAAUGUAGUCCUUCAACCCUCCCAUAAACGCACCAUAUACAAACUGAUUGACCUCGGAUAUGCCAAGGAACUGGGACAGUCCAGUCUGGCCUUGAGUUUUGUGGGUACGCUUCAAUACAUCGCUCCAGAACUGUUUCUGAGCCAAGAGUAUACCAAGUCGGUGGAUUAUUGGAGUCUGGGGUUUCUAAGUCACGAGAUCAUGACGGGUCGCCGACCUUUCCUGCCCAACCUCUCGCCUGCUCAAUGGAUGGAACAUGUUCAGAAAAAAUCCCGAAGAGACAUCUGCGUCCACCAAUGCGAAGAAACCGACGAGAUUCGUUUUGAAGAACACCUAUUUCCGGAAAAUUCCUUAACCCUGUCGUUGGCCGAUGAUUUUGAAGGCUGGCUUCGAUCUCUCCUCGAGUGGAGCCCGAUACAGCGCGGCAAAAAUGAAAAUGGCGAAAUUGCCAUCUUCAAAGACUUGGGCGACAUCCUAGCGAAAACCCGUAUUCGAGUGGUUUGCGUGGAUCGAGGGGGAAAUAAGCUUGACUACGUUGUGAAAGCGAUCACUAAAGGAAAGGACAUCCAGACCUGGUUGGAGAGAGAUACUGGAAUUCGAGUGGGAUCCCAAUUGAAUUUAAUGCCCAAUGGGAAAGAAAUCCAACCCGAAGAUGGAGUCAUUUCCCUGUAUGAAAAUGGGGAGCAUCCUCGGGUACUGUAUUGCUACAGUACGGAAAUUGGAUUAAGUGUCAGUGAGAAGAUUCAGAAGAUCAAAAUCAUUUUACCCAAAACCGUCGAAUCUUGCCUUCAAAACCCAAGGAAGGAGGUCAGUCUUCCAAUGCAGAAAUCCAUCCAUUCCCAUGCUCAUUUCUUUUGCUCGCAAGAGAAUAAGCAAAGUCUAGACUUUGACCAAGGCCUCAAAGUUCUUAUUUUGUACUUGCUCAUCCGAAUCAAAGGUAUCAAUAACACCUUUAACCAAAUUGAACAACGAAAAGAACGUACACUAUCCAAGUUAGAACUCUUCCACGAAAGUCUCACACACGACAAAGAGAAGUAUAAGGAGCAAUCGAAAAAAGAGGUCCACAUCACCUCUGCUCAAAUCUAUGAGUCGUGGAAUAACUCCGAGCGAGAUCUGAGCAGUUUUUUCGAAGAAAUCAACGCCAAGUUUCAAGAGAUAAAGAUCAAGUUAGCCGAAGUCAAUCCGAUGACGGCGGCCAUCCAAAAGAUACCCAAGCAAAGACCCGAGGACCUUCAAGUGUUCGUAAAAAAGAGCAUUCAGGGACUGGAGGAUUUGCGUCGAAUCCCUAUUGAGGGACGUAAAGAAAAAGACACCGUCUUGGAUGUGGCCCAAAACGCAGUUCGUUGCUUGAAACAACGCGAUCGUAAUCUGCAAGAACAUUUCAACAAAAAAGAUACUUUGAUGCAAGCUUUGGGAAAGAUUCGCUCUGCUCACAUGAAUCUCGAGGCCCUCUCCAGCAAUCUGGACCUUUUCACUAGUCAGUUAUCAAAGUCUCAACGAAAACGCCAGUCUGACCUUUGGAAGCUGCUCGCCGCUGCUCUCCAACAACAAAAAGGUCAACCCAUUUCUCCGUCCUCUGGCAAUUCCAUGACCUUUCCUCAACAUCAAAGUCAAAGUCAGCAACAGCAACAAAAAGAGGCUAUGUUAUAUUCGGAAAAUCAAGCUCUCCGAGCCCAAUUGCAAGAAUACAUGAAAAGUCAAUACCAGUGAUGUUAUAAGAUAAUUUGUGGCCCAUGGUAAUACGAGUUAACAAUGUUAUCAGCCUCAUUCACGGUGACCUCUUUCAAUCCAAUUAUUAGACUCCUCAACGAUACCUGUGAAGAUGGAACUUGCCUUGCUACACACAGUCAAUUAUAAUGAAAUCGCCUAUUUGAAUAAUUUAAUAAAGGAGAUCAAGAUGAACAAUCUUAAAUUCCUACAACUAUUUACAUUAGUUGAUUUGGUUUUUUUUCAG